UCAUUCCUCCGCCUUCCGGGACACUCAGGUCUCAGCUGCUCAACUUGCCUCAACCGCACCGCCAAGAGAACACCGCCCAGUCCGCCCCAGACCGCGCACCAGUCAGCCACCAGUCAGCCAAGCAGCUCUCAGCAAUGGACAAGUCCUACUCCUCCUCCGCCCAGUCCGCCUCCUCCUACCGUCGCACCUUCGGCUCCGGCGUGGGCUCCACGCCCAUGUCCUCCAUGUACUCAUCCUCCGGGGGCGCGGGCCGCAGCUCCCACAUGUCCUCCUCCCGGGUGUACGAAGUCAAGUCCGGCCACAUGCCCUCCUACGCCUCCAGCCUCCGGUCCUCCGGCCGGGCCGCGGGCGGCGGCGGCGGCGCCUACGGGUCCUCCUCGGCCGUGCGCACCUACUCCGGGGAGAAGCUUGACUUCAACCUGGCGGACGCCAUGAACCAGGACUUCCUGAACACGCGCACCAACGAGAAGGCAGAGCUGCAGCACCUCAACGAUCGCUUCGCCAGUUACAUCGAGAAGGUGCGCUUCCUGGAGCAGCAGAACGCGGCGCUGAGCGUGGAGGUGGAGCGCCUGAAGGGCCGCGAGGGCACCGGCCGCGUGGCCGAGAUGUUCGAGGAGGAGAUGAGGGAGCUCCGUCGGCAGGUGGAGGCCGUCACCAGCCAGCGCUCCCGCGUAGAGGUGGAGAGGGACAACCUUGCCGACGACCUCCAGAAGCUCAGGCUGAGGCUCCAAGAGGAGGUGCACCAGAAGGAAGAGGCUGAGAACAACCUGUCUGCCUUCAGAGGGGAUGUGGACAACGCCACCCUGGCCAGGCUGGACCUGGAGAGACGCAUCGAGAGUCUGCAGGAGGAGAUCGGCUUCCUUAAGAAGAUCCAUGAGGAGGAGAUCCGCGAGCUGCAGAACCAGAUGCAGGAGACCCAGGUCCAGGUCCAGAUGGACAUGUCCAAGCCUGACCUCACCUCCGCCCUCAGGGACAUCCGCGUGCAGUACGAGGGCAUCGCUGCCAAGAACAUCUCCGAGGCUGAGGACUGGUACAAGUCCAAGGUGACCGACCUGAACCAGGCGGUGAACAAGAACAACGACUCCCUGCGCCAGGCCAAGCAGGAGAGCAUGGAGUACAGACACCAGAUCCAGUCCUACACCUGCGAGAUCGACUCCCUCAAGGGAACCAACGAGUCCCUGAUGCGCCAGAUGAGGGACAUGGAGGACCGCAUGGGCCGCGAGGCCUCAGGCUUCCAGGACAACAUCACCCGUCUGGAGGAGGACAUCGCCAAGAUGAAGGAUGAGAUGGCCCGUCAUCUGAGGGAGUACCAGGACCUGCUCAACGUCAAGAUGAUGCUGGACAUUGAGAUCGCUACAUACCGCAAGCUGCUGGAGGGAGAGGAGAGCAGAAUCACCACCAACAUGCCAGUGCAGUCUGCCUAUUCCUCUGUUGGAUUCAGAGAGACCAGUCCUGAGUCGCAGGCAGCCCACCAGCGAUCCUCCGAGGUCCACUCCAAGAAGACCGUCCUCAUCAAGACCAUCGAGACCCGCGAUGGAGAGGUGGUCAGCGAGUCCACACAGCACCAGCAGGACAUCAUGUAAACCAAGGAACCACAACAUUCUAUCAAAUAAAGUAUACUGAAGAAGAUAACAACUGAAUCAAAUGUAUAAUUGUUGUAUAAUUGUUUCAAAGAAGGGAAAAGGGAUAUUUCAUUUUCCUCCUGUUGGGUAAUUUUUACAAGUGCAAGUAGAUUUUAACAAAGAAAGCAAAGGACACAGCUGCCGUUGCCUCCUCUGCCUCUCAGCUGGCUCCAGGAUGGCAGAGAUAAUUCCAGGGCUUGGUUAUUAUUAUUAUCUAUAACUAGGGGCCUCAAGUAGAAACCCAAGCUACAGAGACGUAAGCCAAAAGCUAAUUCAACAACAUGGCAACGUGUUAGUAGUGCUGUAAUGGGUGGAAGGAAAGUCUAAAAUAUUUUGUAAACUGAAGAAAUCCUCACCAUUCGGAGUGGGUGAUUGGCUGACCUCAAGAACACUCAGAGGUUCAUGAGGUGGACUUUAGAAGAAGAUCUACAUGCCGAUACCAGCUGAUUGGAUGAAUGUAAAAGAGCAGCUCUGAACAGGUCAACCCAACGGUAGCUGUUGGGAGUGAGGAGUUUGACACUACACAGCAUGGGUUGUUGUAUUUGUAUGUGAAUGGGCAACAAAGUUACACUGUCUCAAAAAUAGGCUUUUCAAAUAAAAGUGUGUGCCCGGUA